AUGCUCAUCUCGCCGAGUGAAACGCCGGCCACGAGCCGCUCCGUCUCCGAGGGUCCACUCCGGAGGUCAGCUUCGGAGCCUUGUCAAGCGAUACUACCGAUCCGGCGCAAAUCCCUGGAAUCAGUGGCUCCGCUGGCCAGGGAAGAGGGAACUGAUCGGGAGGUGGAGAAAGUUCCGAUGAGUUUUGCGAGGAUUGUUGUGAAUAUGCAGGAGCAUUACACGGCGGAGUUGGAGGCUGAGAGACAAAGAACGGAAGACUUGACGAGGCAGAAUGAGGAGAUGAUGAGGAGGAUGGGGGAGAUGGAGAUGAGACUGCAGAUGCAUGUUGUUCUCAUGGAUGGAUUUGUUGGGUUCAUGAGGGAUGUCAAGGAAGGGAAGUUUGCAACUGGCGGAGGUGCUGAACUUGAGAUUGCAAAGUCAUUUGGGGGAGAGCAUCUUGACGAGGUCCGAGGGCUUGUAACGGGGAAUUACAUGCCAGUUCAACAGAGCGUGGAGCAGCCAGCUACUGAGCCUAUGGUCUUUGAUGAUGAAGACGAACCUCACGAAGCAGCGCUAGCAGUCGUUCGACACGUCAGCUUUGAUGAGUCGCCAUCGACGCCAGACCUGGAAGCACCUCCUGUACGAAGCACUGGACGACGAGCACCAAAGCGCAAGAAUCCUCCUUUAAGGCCGCAUCGCGAGGUCAAACGCCAAACAAGAGCAACUUUGCGGAGUGUUCGACUUCGUGACACUUCAUCGUGGACUGCCAUCAACACGAGGAAUUCUCCGUAUGCAGGCGCUGACUUGAGCAAUGGAGAAGACAAGGACCUUGACUUCACUCCUGAUCUGGAAGUUGACGAAGAUGACGAAGAGGAGGAUGAAGAGCAGGAUGUGGUGGAGGACGAUAGCGACGAUGAGAUGGAGGAUAUCCCAAAUGCACCAGCAACACCAUCGCCAUCCCUCUCAGACGAAGAUCGCGAAACCACAAAGACAAGAUACUCCGCCCCCCGCUCCGUCGCAUACCGCUACGCCAGCGGUCCACCCGGGCGCAAGUUCAAAUACCACCGCAUGCCCAAGUCCGUCGCGUUAGUAUGGCAAGAGUGGAAGCACGGCAGUAACGGAAAUCCAUCGAUUCAAUCACUCGAGGAAAAGUACAGCACGAGAUGGCGAAUGGGGACGUUGCAGGAACGCAAGUACGCGAGCAACUAUGUUGGUGUGAGACAGAAGGUUGUGAGAAAGGUGGAGGAAAUGUGUGAACAGAAGGGACUGGCGCCGGAAAAGGCUUUCUACCAUCCACUCGAACCCCCUGGGACCUGCGAGCACCGCCGGCCCUUUCGCGACGGAACAUGUCAUUACCAUGGCGACUGCUGCUCACCCGGGCAGAUCUUCUUCUGCAACGCAAAGGGCCCUAAGGAUAUAUGUCGUGGUAGGCAGGCCUAUCACAUAACCAUUCAUCCUCGUUACAUGUACGAAUCCGGUAUACUUCACCAAAUGGAACCCAUCGAAGACUGGGAGGCCCUCGAGAUGACCACGGAUGUCUUCGCGUACGAGGAGGAUAUUCGGUAUCAGUUCUUUGAGGCCGGCGCGUUGAUGUAUGAGCUUGAGCAGGACGCCGAGAAGCUUGUCGAGUAUAUUCUGAGCAACCAGACCAGCUGUCCCGAGGAAGAGGCAGAACUGUUCCUUGAGCAUGGCGAUCUUUAUGAGAUGUGGUGUGAAGCGCAUCACCACUUCGUGGGACUGAUGGAAGCGUGGGAGAUUCUAGCGAACGUAGGCUGUAUGGAAGUCUGCCCGUCUUCCCUCCUGCGCGUCCAUCCCUGGCGAGAUUGCUUCCAGGAACGUCCUACGCUACCGAAAGGAUUUCCGCACUUUAGUGGUCUUCCAUUUGCUUGGAUCGACAAUGUCGAACAGCAGGAUGAUAUUCUGCGAUGGCAUCCCUAUUACUCUGAGCACCAGGCACCACCUCGUCCAGAACCACGUAUUAAGGACGAUGCGCUGUGGACUGCGCCUGCGCCACAUGGUGCCAAUCCAGGGUUUUCCGAAACGACCUCUGCACGGGACCCCGAGGUUCGGGAGGAGAUCAAGGUGCUGCCAUAUCCAGGAGAAUGGGCGGAGGUGCUUGAGGAUAAGGCUCGACGGAUGGCUCAGAUUGAAGCUGAGCCUACUUCGCUUUCGUCGAGUUCAGGACCAGAAAUACCCCCGUGGGUCAUUCCUUAUGGUAAGGAACCGGAUAUGGGAUGGAAGGAUAUCGAUUGGCAUAAAUGCACCACCAUUGUUGAACCGCCUAUGAGCCCGAAGACUCUUCCGCGCAAGGGAGUGGUUCGUCGGGUCAUGCCUCCGAAGGAGAGUUACAUGAACCCUAAGGACGCGCCCAAGAGUCCAACAGCUCUUCCAUACAGAGGAGAGUCCCCGAAGGCCAGUCCCCCAUGGCAAACUCAACCUAUAUCUAAGGAGGUUAUGCCUGGAAAUCUCUUCGGCGACCCUCUCGAGGCUCAAUGGGAUAGGUAUAGCUUUACUAGGACGGAGAAGCCGGCAGAGCAGGAGUUUCUCCAUAUUCCUUCACCAGUGAAGGAAUCUCAGAUCGUUGCACCUAAAGUAAAGAAGACCUUGAAAAGGAAGAGUGAAGAAGACCUAGAUGGUGGGAUUCAGAGGAAGAGAUCGAAGGGGGUGGAGAUAUUGGCAAAGAAGGCGAUUCUUCAUGGCCCUUCUCUACAGGCGUAUUUUCAGGCCACUGCAUGUAGAGCAGUGGGGACACUGAAGAGAAAGAGCGAAGAGGAUUUGGAUUGGGGGAUUGAGAGAAAGAAGCUGAGAGUUUGUACUGUUUGA